GACAGUUGUGCCGCCAGUGCCAUCCUGGACGCCGUCGUGCAUCUACCACGCUCACUGCCGCCGCCGCGCUACACCGCCCUCUCACUCACUCUUCCAACCCUCACAUUUUCGUGUCCCACUAACCAUUUUCUUGCUCGCAAAUAAUUCCCACUACCAUGGUCGUAACUGUAUAUAAAACUUGCAUGACAAACAGAAAGGGAGAACCGUGUGUUUUUUGUGAUUAAGUGAUGAAGUGCCUUUUAACUGUCUGAUUUUAUAUACCUAGCAAAGGCAACAAUACUGUUGCUCUUAUGGGUACAAGAAUCCCACAUGACAUCCCGCGUGUCUGUUGUAUGGUGACGUGUAGGUCAAUGUUGUGGGUGUGAGUAUUGCAGAUGAAUAAGGCUCCUGCCGCGACGCUACUGCCAGGGGGGAGACUAGCGUAACGCUUCACGAAGAGACCUCUUCCAGUGUCUCGACAAGGGUACCAGACAGAGAUCCAAGGUGGCAAGGUGAUAGGCCUGCAACAGCGUCCCGUCCAACACUGUUGCCUUCCUCUACUAUGAGACGGACGGAUCUACAGGUCUGAGGAUGGAAGACGUUUACUCUACAAAAGGCUCUUGAGAAGCUGUACAACGGCAGUGAAUCAAAUGUGUGAGUGUGUCAUCAAACAAACAACCUGCCGAUCACUGAUGGACAUCAAUAAGGUGGCCAGGGACGUCAUGAUGAGUCUUCCGCGUCGAAAGAUGCCGGCGUGGGUGACGGUGGCGCUACUGUGGUGUGUGGCACCACUCACCAUGGCUGCAGUGGCACCUUUGGAUAUAGAAGUGACUAUACCGCCACUACUGGAGACACAGCCAUCCAGGAGCGAGGUGUUGUUCACUGUCAACCAUGACCCGGACCAGCCACCCGAACCCUUCACUCUUCCCUGCCGCGCUGACGCUCUUCCUGCCCCAAGUUAUUCCUGGCUGAAGAACGGCGAAAAUUUCGACCUAGAUGACGACGAAGAAGAUAAAGAACGAGUGACUAUGGUGGAGGGGGAGGGCAGCCUUGUGUUCCACGACCCACGACCCGAGGAUGAAGGAAACUACCAAUGUGUGGCGGAGAACUCUGUGGGUGUGGCUUACAGUGAGGUCACUCCAGUGCGUCGUGCAGUAAUGGGCAAUUUCCCCAAGGCUGAACCCCGGGUAGUGACGGCCACGCUGGGUCAGUCUCUUAGUCUGCCCUGCACGCCGCCUGAGGGGUACCCAGAGCCCUCCCUCCACUGGGUGCUUCAGACGUCAGACGGUGGACUGCGUAGCUUGAACUCCCCUCGCCUGACGGUCGACGAGAAAGGUACUCUCUGGUUCAGCUACGUCGUCCCAGAGGACGCCUCAGAAGAUGCUCUCUAUGCCUGUGCUGCGUCGUCUGUCACCAGCAGUACCCAGAUGUAUCUGGUGAAGGACGAAGAGGGCCGACUGGAGAUGGUGGAGGAGGAGCCGUCCGAAGAGGUCUUCACAACCAUCAAUCUACAGACUGAGUACCGGAUGGGAAACUGGGUGUACCUGAAUGUAAGUUAUCCGGGCGACGACAAAACCACCCUGCCCGAGGACAGCCAACCACCCGUCCAGCAGUACGUCAGCGAGAGCCAAGUUACAGCGCUCGAGGGAGAUGACAUCAAACUAUACUGCAUCUAUGGUGGAUACCCGGUGCCGGAGGUGAGGUGGUGGCGUGAGAGUCGUGGCGACGUGGAGAGCGACAAGUUGGACCACUACGGGAAAGUACUGGUGCUGGAAGACCUUGAGGAGGUGGACAUGGGUUCCUACUACUGUCAAGCCACCAAUGAGGCUGGCGAGAGUGAUACGCAGCACUUUACAGUUUACGUUGAAGCUGCUCCUGAGUUCGUGGUUGAACCCGGGGUGAUCAACUCGCCUCAGGGCGCGACGGCCGUCUUCAACUGCGAGGCCAGUGGCGACCCCAAACCGACCAUCACCUGGACCAAGAACGGCCAAUUACUCGACACCCACGAGACUACGGUGGUGUUCGACACGCUAGAGUCCAGCAUGAAAGCUGCCAUCGCUUGCAACGCUUCCAACGAACAUGGUUACGUGUAUAAGAGUGUCUACCUCAAUGUUUUGUCUCUUCCUCCGGAGUGGUUAACGGAGCCGGCGGACCUGGCAGUGCUGGAAGGCGGGGCCGCCACCCUGGAGUGCGAGGCUUAUGGCUCUCCCGACCCCAACAUGACCUGGGCCAAGAUGGAGGGUGAUGAGAAGGUUAUCAUUGACGAUGGGGACCCUCGCUAUGACGUCGAAGACAACAAGUUGAUAAUAAAAUCUGUAGACGAGGACACCGAGGGUCAGUAUAUCUGCAUUGCUACCAACAAGUUCGCGUCGUUGAAUUCAGUUGCAGAGAUUGUGAUGCGAGAGAAAACGGGGGCUGAGGCCAGCCUAUCGAGUGACAGAGUCGAGGCAAAUGAUCACGUCUCACUCAACUGCCUCGUCAAGAUCGACUCACACCUUAAGCCCGAAGUCACCUGGUUCAAGGACGAUGUCAAAAUAAACCUUAAAGAUGAUAAUUACCGUCUUGGACGGAGCGAAUUCCCUGACAAUAAAAUUGAUGAUGGUGAUGAGGAUGACGACGAAGACGGGAGAGAGGAGGAGACGUGGGUGUUGGAGAUCAUGAAGGUCCAUGGCCACGACUCUGGUGUGUAUACCUGCAGUGUUCACACUGAAGUUGACGACGCCUCAGAUAAUGUCAUUCUUACUGUCGAGGAUGUACCCAACUCGCCUCAUCUGAUGACGGCUCACUGUGAAGACCGGGAAGCUUUCCUCGAGUGGUCGUCAACAGGAGACAAUAACGCACCACUUCAAGGCUUUGUCAUCCAGUACGUCACACCAUUCCACCCUGAUGACUGGAAAGACGCCGAAAAUAAGAUUCCAGCUUCAUCAACAUCCUUCUCAUCUCGCUUCCAGACCAUCGCCCGUGUGGAUAUGAGCCCGGGACUGAACUACACCUUCCGUGUGCUGGCGUUCAACCGUGUAGGUAUGUCUGAUCCAAGUGAGGACACUGCCCAGUGCUUCCCGCCAGGACUCCCGCCUGACCACCACCCCUACAACGUCACUGUCACGGGCACAUCACCCGGCACGCUCGUCAUCUCCUGGCAGACCAUGGCACCUGAAGAACAUAAUGGGCCGGACUUUCACUAUAAAGUCCUCUGGCGAACUGAUGACGCUGAUGACGCCGACGAUGACGAAGAGAACGUCACCACAACUGAUGAAGUCGAAGGCGAGACCAAGACUGAGGACGAAGAAAAUGACGACGAUGGUUGGCACACAAUGAUCUUCGAUGACUGGGAAAAAAACCAGGUGGAGAUGACGGAGCUGCCGCCUUAUCUGGAGUAUGAAGUAGAAGUGGAGGCCCACAACGCCUACGGUGCCGCCCCACCGAGCCUCCUCACCUAUACCGGCCACUCCGGCCAGGACGAACCUGAAGACGAGCCUGACGACCUCAAGGUGCUUGAUGCUGACGCCACCGACGCCGUCCUUACAUGGACACCCGUUGACCAAGACUCUCUUAACGGCCUGCUUCUUGGCUACAAGAUUGAGUAUUGGGAAGACCAUGAUGGUGAUGAUGACGAUGAUGAACUUCACGAAGAAGUGUUGGCGACAGGAUCUGUAGGUCGCGCAGAGUUAAAGGGUCUCACACCCUUCAUGUCGUACCGGGCUAGAGUGAGUGCCGUCAAUUCCGCUUUCACAGGUCCUGCCAGCACCAUCGUUGCCUUCAAGACUGCCGAAGGAGAGUCCGGGCCUGUGUCGAACAUGGAGUCGAAGCAGCUGGGGGAUGACAGUCUACUCUUAAGCUGGGAAGCACCAGAGGAGCCACACGGUGUUGUGAGAGGCUACAAGGUGCAUUACUGUACAAUCAAUGGAGACGGGGAAGAAGGCCCAGUGACUAACUACAGUGAAACUCUGACUCCCAACUUAAACAUUGUUAAACUGACAGACUUGGAGAGUGGCGCCACCUACAGGGUUACUGUCGCUGCUAUCAAUGGGGCCGGGGAUGGCGAAGGGUUGUCGCUGGAUCAUGACAUGGAGGUAUUAGAUCCCCGUGUCCCCGCGGUGCCGGUGUUUACUUGGCUAGUACUCGAGGAGGAAGAUGAGGAGCAGCCCGGCACUGACAGAGACGGUGACGGUGACGUAGACGACAACGACGUUAGAAACAAAAACAUUAUUAUUGGUGACACUGAUGGCGAUGGUGACGUAGACGAAGAUGAUGUCCUAGAUACUGAUAAUGACGGAGAUAUUGAUGAAGAUGACAUAAAUGUUGCGGACAUCAACAAUGACGGUACUGUAGACGUGGAGGAUGUAAAAGCUGCUGACAGGGACAAUGAUGGGUUCGUGGACAUAGGUGACAUCGGCGAUGAGGAUGGAGAUGGUGACUUUGACGGAGCAGAUGUACUCGCCGCGGACGAGGACGGUGACGGUGAUAUCGACUCUUCAGAUGACGACGAAGAGGAUGUGCUUUUGGAGGACAGGGAUCAAGAUGGUGAUAUUGAUAAGGACGAUGUAGUGGACAUCAACCACGAUGGUAUUCUCGACGAGAAAGACUUUAGGGCCGCAGAUGUUGAUAACGAUGGAGAUGUUGAUGAAGACGAUGUGAAAGUCGCAGACAAAGAUGGAGACGGUGAUAUUGAUGGCGCUGACUUGACCGACUUGGACAAAGACGGGAGAGUAGACGGUGAUGACCUUGAGGUGGUGGACAUAGAUGGGGAUGGUGAUGUAGACUCCCGGGACUUCUCCUUAAAGACGGUCUUCCUUACUGAUGUUGAUAAUGAUGGUGAUGUCGAUUCAGACGAUGUUCUUGACAUCGAUAAAGAUGGUGAUGUAGACGAAGAUGAUCAUGCAAUCGCCGAUAUUGAUAAUGAUGGUGAUGUUGAUGCUGAUGACGUUAAAGCCGGUGAUAAAGAUGGUGACGGUGAUAUUGAUGCUGUAGAUAUUGGAGAUGAAGAUAAUGAUGGUGAUAUUGAUGGUCUUGAUGUUCUAAAAGCUGAUAAAGAUGGUGACGGAGACAUUGAUGCAAGUGAUGAUAAUGAAGAAGGUACACUCCUUGAAGACCGAGAUGGUGACGGUGACUUUGAUCGUGAAGAUGUUACCGAUUUAGAUGGUGAUGGUGAUAUUGAUAGUGAGGAUAUAGCCGCCGCAGAUGUAGAUGAUGAUGGUGAUGUUGAUAUGGAUGAUCUCAACAUCGCUGACAAAGAUGGUGAUGGUGAUGUUGACGAAGCUGACAUGGCCGACCUUGAUGGUGACGGCAAACUUGAUGGUGAUGACCUUGAAAUAAAUGAUCGUAAUGCUGAUGGUGUUAUUGAUGCCAAAGACUUCACCUUCAGGAACACUUUACUUGCUGAUACUGAUGGCGAUGGUGAUAUAGAUAGUGACGAUGUCCUCGAUAUUGAUGGUGACGGAGACAUUGAUGAAGAAGACAUUAAAGCCGCGGAUAUUGAUGAUGAUGGUGAUAUUGAUGGUGAUGAUGUAAAGCAGGGAGAUAAAGAUGGUGAUAAUGAUGUUGACUCCGCUGAUGUACAUGACAUUGAUGGUGAUGGUUUUAUCGAUGAAGACGAUCUUGAUGUUGAGGACAGGGAUGGUGAUGGUGAUGUUGAUGCCACUGACUUCGCUCUCCGCAAAGUAUUUCUUGGAGACACUGACGGCGAUGGAGACGUUGACAGAGAAGACGUUCUUGACACUGAUGGUGAUGGUGACAUUGAUGAUAAAGACUUUGAUGUUGCUGACAUCAAUAACGACGGUAAUGUAGAUAUGAAAGAUGUCGCUGCUGCUGACAGAGAUCACGAUGGAGACGUUGAUGAGGCUGACAUAGGAGAUGAAGAUAACGACGGAGACAUAGAUGGAAAUGAUGUGAUCGCUGCAGAUGAGGAUGGUGAUGGUGAUAUUGAUGCUGCAGAUGACGAUGGUGAAAGUAUCUUGCUCUCAGAUACUGAUGGUGAUGGUGACGUUGACCUGAACGAUGUAAUAGACCUCGAUGGUGACGGAGACAUCGACGAAGAUGAUAAUAAGGCCGCAGACAUUGACAAUGAUGGUGACGUUGAUGUUGACGACGUUAAAGCUGCAGAUAGAGACAAGGAUGGGGAUGUAGAUGCUGCAGACAUUGUUGACAUUAAUGAUGAUGGUCAUAUUGACGGUAGAGAUCUUGUGGGGUUAGAUAGAGAUAAUGACGGCGAUAUUGACUCGACGGACAUUGAGAAUUUGGACGUGUUCCUCAAAGACACUGAUGGUGAUGGUGAUGUAGACGAAGACGAUGUCCUUGACGUUGACCAUGACGGGGAUAUUGACGAAGAUGACAUUGCUGUGGCCGAUAUUAAUAACGAUGGUAACAUUGACUCAGACGAUGUUGUAGCUGGUGACCGAGACGGCGACAAUGAUGUUGAUUUUAAAGACAUCGGGGACGAAGAUGGAGAUGGUGACAUUGAUGGAAGUGAUGUCGUGAUUGCUGAUCGGGAUGGUGACGGCGACAUUGACGCUGCCGAUGAAGGUCGAGGAGUGGAAGUACGCGUCAACUGGACACCAGACUUGGAGGCUCACCCAGGGGUUGACUUCUAUGUUCAGAACAGGGUGAAGGGAACACAACACUGGAAGUCAUCCCCUGUGGAGCGUCAACACCUCUACCAGACCAUAUCAGGUCUUGAUCCUCGUCGAUCCUACGAGGUCAGGAUAGUGGCCAAGGACGGGCCCUACGAGACGCCCUCCGAUAUUAAGUACCUCGCAGCCACAGAAGCUAUGCCAACACCAGGAACAGUAGCUACUCCGACGUCUGGAAAAAUAGAGUGCCUAUAUCCUGGAGUAAACAAUUCUCCAACAUCUGAGGAGCUCUCCCAUCUUGAAUUUGUAAAGCCAAAAGUGAGCGAGAGUAUGGACAUGGAGCCUAACCCCAUCUUGUGGACGUGGUUCAUCAUCGCCGUCAUGGUCGCUGUUACUAUGAUCUGCAUAGUCUUCUUCUCCAUGUGGGUCUACAGCCAGCGCAUUGCGCGGGUAAGGGAGCUACGGGCAGCGCUAUAUGAAGGCUAUGAACCAUCAGAGCCAGAGCCUAUCAAAAAAGAAGCUGAUGUAGAGGCCGCCAAGCCAGCACCCGAAGAAGCCGUCGAGGAGGAGAUGACUGCCAAUUACCAGCGGAAAGAGAACAGGAAGUCUUGGUAUCACGUACAACUGGCAGCUAUGAUGAAGCGGCAGGAGACUGUACAGAGUGUUGACUCUUUCGCAUCCCACGAUGAUGACUUCGCAGAAUAUGGCGAUGAGAGCAUGGCUAUCGACCUGCUCAGUUCGGUAUCGCUGGUAACGAACCCGAGACAUCAAAGGCCUCCUCCAGCGCCGCGCACCUGAACUCUCUCGCCAGGUCGCUUCACUGAUGACGGCUCACUAAUAUAUCAGAAGGUGUGAGGUGGCAGUCACCAUCCCUGGUCAUCUCCCGGCACUAUCAUCUGGCUGGUGAAGUGAAGGCCGUCGUCACACCCGCCUGGAGACCAGAGGCCCACCACAACUGCCUUGUCACCACUACUCCCUCAUAACUUCAACCUUGUCACCUUCGUCACCACCUUCACCACGUCACAAGCCAUAAUCCGCUCCUCGUGGCUUGGCAUGUGCAGAUUGUGCUUCAUUGGGCUUCCUUUUAUUUUGACAUUCGCCUUUACCAUUUUGUAAGACAACUGUGUACAUUGUUCUUUGGUCGUAAUAUAAUACAAAAGUAUAAGUAUAGUAAUAUAAAAUUUGUGAAUGUAUGAAACGACACUAGAUAUGUAUUUUGUAGUGUGUAUCAGUAAUGUGUUGCGUAGUGGCAUCCACACGUGCAAAGUGUGCAUUUUUGUGGUAAUCUAAGAAACAUACCCGGAAUAGCUGUUGACGCGGCGAGGACAGACCAAACAGAUGUUGUGAAAUGGAGAUUUUUUCUUAAUUUUCUGCAUAUGAAUAAUGACGUCAUAUACUGUAAACACACUACUGAUAUAGAAGCGCAGGAUCAUACGUUUCAUUUAGUUCAUCUGGAGAUAUCACAAUAGGAGAGUCAUAAUGUCUGUAAUAUAGACCUGUCCCACUCGGUAAAGUUAAGGAUCUAACCAUUAGCAACACCCAGCCUCUUACCCUGUACUCAUUCAGUUAGUGCAGGUAACAACACAUCCCCAGACAGUCAGCUAGAUGUGUCCGGGUUAUUGACCCACAUACUUCUGUAGCUGAACUUGGGCAACGCCGGUACGUAUUCAAUUACCUUCCUCUGGACCACACUGUCAGAUAUUCAGUUGGAUGCUCUUGGGCCACACUCUCAAGAGGAUUAGUUCACUAAGUCCGGACCACACUCCGGGCUCAGUGGUAAAGUGCUUACAGCAAGAGAUGAUACUUGUUUUGGGUGAACUUGACCCAGCAAGCUCGUGCCACGUUCAUUCUCUUACUUCACCGACGUCACCUCCAUAGACCUUUAUUUUCCAACGUCAUUGUCCGUUACUUUCGUCCUCAGAUUUACAUAUGUAUCUUUUUGAAGUAAUACCUCAAUAUUUUUGUGUUCUUUUAUUACUUUAGGUUAAAAUGUGUUAUAGGGAAGUACCAGGUCAAUAAUUGUGUGAACCUAUUAUGACAACAAUGAUACAAAGAAAGAUCCUCUCAAGGAAAUUCUGUAAACAUCUUCGUGAUAAAUGUUCCUUGCCCCAGACAAACCUGUAUUACCUGAUUUUGUAGUUAUCUCGUGCUAGAUUUUAUGUGUUGUUAUCGCAUACAUUACAGCCACAAUGCUCUUCGAUAUCAUACAAUUUCAACCGUAAAUUAUAAAACUUUUAUAACUAUGUACGUGUUUCAGAAGCUCCAAGUACUCACAGUGGAUCUUCAGUAUUAUCAGUCCCCUAAUUUAACACGCCCAAACCUUGGCUGUUUCUCUGAUACAAGAAUCUUUAUAUUCCUUAAUUGCUUUAUACACAAAGCAUCAACAAUGUACUGUAAAGAAACAAAUUGAAAUUUUUCUUGUUAGAAAGUAAAUGAUGAAUACUUUUGCUACUACAUUUUUAUCAAAUAAAAAAGACUCCUUCUAUUUUGAAAAGUUAUUCAUGUCUUCUCAGUUGUUUCUAGAUGGUGAAUCGCGUUAUUUAGGAACAGGAAAAUUAGGAUUGGUUACAUUAGUGUAGUGCCUUGUUGUGCGCCACUACAGUUACGAGAAGAAAGUAGUAUAAAAUAACAUGUGACACAUUUCCUACUUAAACUUUCACUGUUCGUCCUCUUGUUAAUAUUUCUGGCCAUGAGCUACCAAUAAGGUACUCAAGUUGGAUUCUAUAAAUGCUUUUCCGUAAAAUUAUAAAUGACUCGAGUUUUCAUUGUUUUUCAACAAAAAUAUAUUAAUGUAUAUUUGUCUUUAUUUGACGUCGUCACACUUGUAAUUUAUUAAUUAACGUGAAUCAAAAGAUGGCUUAGCACAACUAAACAUCAGCUAGUGCUGGAUAUGCUUUUAAAAAUAUAUUCCUAAACAUAUACUGUACUGGCGAAUAGUCAUGGUCUUAAACUCGAGCUAACAAGUAGACGCUUUUGGGUCUCGUCUAUUACUUAUAAUAUCACUCUUUGGUAUUCUUAAAUCUGUAUCGUUAGGCAGCCAUGGUUGUAGAUCACUGUGGUGGCAAACACUUCUUUUUGCCAUCAUUUGUAUUGACUCGUAUAUUAAUGGGAAAAUGGUUUCAGUCUUCCUGAAAUCUUCAUCACAUAUGGAGUUUGUAUAUAAAAUUGCUUACAAAUCUGAGAUAGCCACAGGCGUCUCUCGGUUUUUGCAAACUGUUUUCCGAAAAAAGUGUGAAUAAGUGAUACAGUAGUGUAGUGUAAUGUCAAGUAAUUGGUGUUUCCGAAUCGAUUGCUAUUUCUUCUCAAGGUCAUUACUGAAGGUUGCAUGCCAAUCCAUUGCUAAUGAAUAAUAUGUAUUACCCUCGGUUGAUGUGUUCCCAAAUGGCAAGUCUGCAUUUUCUUUUCAUAGACUAACGGUGUUACCAAAUUAUGUCGUGAGACGAAAAAAAAAUCUGAAUCGUUUUAGUGUACCAUGCUAAAUUAUCCCUGUGCUCUAGUUUACUGAACUUAUGGCUAUACUCGCUGUUAAUACAAUCUUUGUUCUAUUAAGUGUAAAUUCUUAAGAAAGGAAGUUGCACGUGUAUUAUAAUAAUUCAAUUAGUGUCUCGGAUACUAGUUCGUCACUUCAUGCGUGAUAAUCUUACAUUUGAUUGUGUAAUUGUUGAGAAGUUUACUAUAGUUGCAGUGCAUAAUUUGGUCAAUAAUGCAUAUGCGGAAAUGUGGAUGUGCGAAGAAAGACUUUUAUUUCUGGGUAUUAAAUUUGUUAUUGAUAAUAAUGUUGUGAGGUUGUGCAUAGGAAAGGAAUAUACUUGUAACCGAAUUGAAAAAUAGCACGAAUUUAUAUACUUGAAUUUAUAUUCAAGAAAAGAAAUAUUUUGUCUGGUAAGUAAAAAUGCAUGCCGAUAUUUAAGCCUACACGGAUAUGUGUAAGCGAGAAUAUGACAUUAAUUUUAAUUGCUCUUGAGGUUUGAGCAUGUCAUCAAUACAACGUAGGGGGGAGGAGUGUGGGAGUGUGUACGUCUGUCUACCGUAUAAACAGCUAAUGUUAACUGUAUACCGUGAGAGGUGUAGAGUCGGUGUACACUCCCACACUUUAUCUCUUCCUUGAUUAUCUUCUAUGUUCAUUUUCAAUAAAGUGUUAUGUUACAA